AUGGUCGCUGGUCUGGACUGGUCUGCAGCACUGCAGAGCCGCGCACGGCGGCGACGAUAUGUGGGUGACGACACGGUUACGGAGCAUGCGACGACUUCAAAGCGUUUGGCACGAAAGGUGAAUUUCGUCCGGGCGCCGGAGGGAGGAGAAGGAAAACCCUUGGUUGUGGGCGUCGUAAACAUCGUCAUGCAGGUUAAAGCCUUGAGCUCUGCACCAGCGCCAGUGGCGGCAACCGGGCUCGACGCGGCACAUACCGUCGCCUCAGCUGUGGCACCUUCUUUGGACAAGUCCCUCUGGCAGACGAGGCCGUUCGAAAGUCGGCUCCACAUCCUGGUGCACCGAGCCGAUGCGCUUCCAGUGCCAGAUGCGAGCGCGAAAGCUGUGGUGCGGGUGGCUGCAAGGCUCCUUCAGCCCGGCGGCCAUGUGCUGCAAGAGUUGGCCUCCCGGAACCUUCCGGUGGAGCCAGCGACGGCGCACGCGGGUGAGGUUUGGUUCAACCAGGAGAUCGUGAUGUCGAUGUCAGCAUCGAUGCUAGAAACAUCUGGGUUGCAGGUUGGACUCGCCUUGGAGAUGGUGUCUUCAACACCAGACGGUGCUGUGACGGACUCCCUGCUGAACCUCCAAUGGUCGCCAUCCUCCCUGCCCUUUCUGAAUCCUAUCCACCUCCAUGCCAGGUCCUCUACCGCCUCCAGCGCCUCGAGACCUCGACCUGGGCUGCUGGUCUCUAUGAUGCGGGAGCCGGGCCAUGAGGCCUUGGAUGGACUGGGAGGUGGUGUAUCCCAUGGCUUGGAGAUCAGGGUGCACGGAGUGCCUCACGGGCGGCCUCUUCCUGAUCUGGUCGAAGGUGCGCUUGUGGCAGUCUGCCCAGAGUCGUCUGUUGGCACAGACACCCGCGACUUGCACAUACCUGUGGCAACUUACCUCUACGACCAGCGAAUCGAGCUCUCUGCUUUCCUCGAUGAGCACUUCGUCACUGCGGCCUCGAAGCUGCGCUGCUUCCCCUCGCCCUUGUCAGGUGCAUCCCGAACUCCUCAGUGGGGGCAAUUUCUGCUGCGUUGUUUGUCGUCGGCAACAUCGCUCAAAGCCGUUACGAUCUUGCUCUUCGAAUGCCGCGGUGCCAGAGCGGACCCAGAUAGUCCUCUCAGCGGGAAUCUUCUUGGUUUCGCCUCCUUGGACGCCUCUUCGCUGAUCGGGUCAGAGCCGGUGUCGCGUUCCUUUCUCUUGGAUCUUCGACUCCUUGAGGCACCUGGUGCCUCCACCUCUCUGGAGAUCGAAGCCCGAGUCUGGCCGCGGGGAGGUGGAGGUGCAGAGGGGCUGCACGGAAAGCCAGUGGCUGCGACUUCAGCACCGGCACUAGCUCCUUCUGCUGCGCUGGCUCAGGAAGUGCAGGACUUUAGGCUAAAUCACGAGCUUUCCGUUCAGCUCUCUAAGGAGUUCAAUAUGCGCGCCGCCGCACUUAAGCGAGCGGGGGAGGAGAUCGUGACCCUUCGAAGGCAGGUGCAGCUGUUGAAGAACGAGAACAGAUCUCUUCGGGCACAGGUGGAGGAUGAGGAAAAGUUGGCACAAGAGGUCCAACAGCGUCCUCCGCCGGAAGGCCUGGAGAAGUUGAGUGCAGCAGAGCUGGCUGGAAAGCUCCAGCGGACCUUGGAGAAAUAUCGGGAGGAGAAGGCGAAGGCUUCCGAGCUGAGCCGACGGAUGGAGGAGGCGCUCAAAGAGGUGAAUCGUGCUCGUGGCUUGGAAAGAUCGCUGGAAGAGCUGCAGCAGGUGCACCUGGAGCAGAAUCGAGAGCUCCAGCGCCUCCAAGACGAGGGUAGGAAGUUGGACACAUAUCGUCAAACGGCAAAGACGCAGGAGAAGGUCAUUUCCAAAUUGGAGAAGAUCCUUGAGAGCUCCUUGCAGGAGGUGCAGAAAGCGCAAAAGGUGCAGGUGGACAUCGAGCGUUUGAAGACCGAAAACCUGAAGCUCAGGGAGCGCUGUUCAAGCUUGCUCACACGGAAGAAGGAAGUGGGCGACGAUGAAGCACAGGAGCUGCGGCAGCGACUUGCGGAGAAGGAUGCUGAAAUUACCCGCCUGCAAAAAGUUGCAGCUUCUCUGAAGAUGACCAAUGUGGAAGUGGGUGAGGAGACCGUCCUGCCUUCGUCUUCACCUGGUACUGCGGCCUUGUCGGCUGAAGAGCAGGAGCAGCUGGCCCACCUGGAAGCGAAGCGCUUU